UUUACCUCUGAUUCCAUUGUUUUAUUGAAUUGAAAUUUGGACAGAAGAAAGAGGAUUUUGAUGGCGGGUGAUAGCAAUCGCAACGUGAGACUGCUAUGCAACCCGAAGCAACUAAACACCAAAGGAUCCGACCCGGAAAUCCAUUUCUGGCUUAUCGGAUCCCCAUUCUUCCCGCCACUCACCGUCGCUUCCUUCCUCCGCCGCGUCCACGCCCUCCCCUCCGAUUUCCCCAACGAAUCGCACGACCUUCGGACACUCAUCCCCAAAGGCUUCGAGGUCAUCGGCGCCCUAGCUUCCGGCGACGGAGAAGCCGACGCUCGUGCGCCCGUGGACGCCGCACGUGCGUUGAGGAGCCUUCUCUACGGCGAAGGAACGGAGCGGCCGGUGAUCGGAGCAGUUCGCGGUUCGCAUUCCGGCGACCUGCGGUUUUUCGUGUCUGAGAGUGGAAAUGCGGCGAGCCUCGAAGCUGUUACGUCGGUGAUAGAGGAACAGCAUCCGGAGAAGUAUGUGUGGGAGAACGGUUGCUUGCUUCACUGUGAGCUUCCGAUUAAGUUGCCGCUCUAUUAUGCUCUCAAAAAUCCAACUGAUGUUGAGAAAGCAUAUGUACAGGCUACUGAAGCUGUUGUUGCCAAGUUAAGAGAUCCUCAGGCUGUGUACAUGUUGGAAACGUCUAACAAAACCUCUCAGGAUAUACCCCCUAUCAUAAUUCGAGGUUUACAAUUAGACUUUUACACAGACCUUUCCAAGAUCAAGCCUUUGUCUGAGGGUGAAGAUGGCUUCAGUGCAAGCUCACUAUCAUGUUCAUACUUUUCCAUCAGCAGUAAAGCAGGCUCACCAGUUUUUUCUGCAGAGAAUGCAGAUACUAUCCAAGUUAGUGUUCUCUUUAAUAGCUUAGGGUCAUCAUCAGCUUCUACCGUGCCUGUUGCAGAAUACUUUCCAGUCCAGGAAGAAACUAGACUCCUUACUGUGGAUAUUAAGCUAGAUGUACUCUGCUAUUCUUCUAGGGAGCUUCCACUGAAAUAUGCAGUUUCAAGUUUAAUCAUCCCUGGCUUAGUUGACCAGUUAAAUGUAGUGCAGAAGUUGAUGUUGCCUAACCUUUUGGCACAACAUCCUCGGUUAAAAUCUUAUCACUUUAGUCCUCCUGGGAUUCUGCACCCAAUAACUGUUUUCUAUGAACUGAGUUUUGGGGAGACAGAAAUGAAGCAAGUUGAAGUUAGGAGAUCCUUGCACUCAAGGUUGGGAUUACCUUAUGACCGUCCCCUUCUAAGAAUUUCUAAUGCCUUGGAUUUUUCAAAAUUGAAGAAAAAUGAUAUUGUCUCUUUGCAGAAAGGUUCAACGUUACUCAAAAAUGUUCACACUGGGAUUCCAAGUAGUGGAGUUACUGGGGGAACUGUUUCCCUUGUUCAAGGUUCCUAUGAAUACUUUCAUUAUCUUCAGGAUGGUUAUAAUGAUUCGGGAUGGGGUUGUGCGUACCGCUCUCUCCAGACUAUAAUUUCAUGGUUCAGACUCCAAAACUAUACAUCCAUAGAAGUUCCUUCUCAUAGGGAAAUACAGCAGACACUUGUUGAGAUUGGUGAUAAAGACCCUUCUUUUGUUGGAUCACGAGAAUGGAUCGGUGCCAUCGAGUUGAGCUUUGUUUUGGACAAACUUCUAGGUGUUACUUGCAAGGUCAUCAAUGUUAGAUCUGGAGCUGAGCUUCCGGAAAAAUGUCGAGAGCUAGCAUUGCACUUUGAGACCCAAAGUACACCUGUUAUGAUUGGUGGUGGUGUACUUGCAUAUACACUCUUGGGAGUGGAUUACAAUGAAGCAAGUGGAGAUUGUGCAUUUUUAAUACUAGAUCCGCACUAUACAGGUACUGAAGAUCUGAAGAAAAUAGUUAAUGGGGGAUGGUGUGGUUGGAAAAAGGCCGUUGAUAACAAGGGAAGGAAUUUCUUCUUGCAUGAUAAGUUUUAUAAUCUACUGCUCCCGCAGAGGCCCAACAUGGUUUGAGGCCUAGCUUCUGAAGAGAACUUCCAGUUUAAACCAAUUUCUUGCAAUGUAGAGUAAUGUUUCACUUAGUUACAUGUGGUUGGAAGCGGAAAGUUCAGGUAAUUCGUUGCCACACUUUUGGGUUAUUGAUGACUUUUUGUAAUUGGCUUCUUGUGACCUGAAUGUUUCGUUGAGUCACUUGGGAUAAAUACUGGGCAAAAGGUGUCUCAAACUUGGGGAAGGUAGGAUUAACUCAUUUUUCGUGAAAUACAUUUUCAAGCCAUUCGAUACACAUGGUACUGGGAGAUAUCUGAAGCUGCCCAUAUCUGGGAGCCAGGUCCAAUCAAUCUUAGACGCAUAACUUUAAAAUAUGAAACUUCAGCCAACUUGAAAACCAGAUUUAUUGGUAUAAAUUUUAUUGCUGAACAAGCACUACGCCAAAUUUUGUGA